CAACAUAUUUCCACCACCACCACGAGAGCCAUCACAGCAACCCGCGAUGGCAGAUAGGGAAACGGCACUGCUUGGGCCACAGGCUAGACAUAUUGUGUAUUGUGGCGUCUGCACGCUGCCACCUGAGUACUGCGAGUUCGGUGGGACGACGAAGAAAUGCCAGGAAUGGCUUGAGGAGAACCAUCCCGAUAUGUCCGAAAGGAUUUACUCCGCUGACGCCCUCGAAGCCGCAACCUCCACCCUCUCCAUCGACGCCCUCAAGCGCGCCACAAAGGACUCCGCCAAAAAAGCCGCCAAAGCCGCCCAAGCGGAACAAAAGCACGCCUCCGCCCUCGCCGCCUCCCGCAUCAUCAUCAAGCGCGUCGAGCGCAACAAGCGCAAAUACGUAACGGCAGUAUCCGGCCUCGAAGCCUUUGGGCUGGAGCUGAAGAAGGUGAGCAAGGAUUUCGGGAAGAAGUUUGCGACGGGGAGUAGCGUGACGAAGACGGCGAGUGGGGGGGAGGAGAUUGUGGUGCAGGGAGAUGUGAGUACGGAGAUUGAGGACUUUUUGUUAGAGAAGUAUGGGGAUUUGGUGCCGGGGGAUAAUAUUGAGUUGGUGGAGGAUAAGAAGAAGAAGGGGGCGGGCGCGGCGCCCGGGCCGUAG